AUGGCUCCUCCUGCUAAAGCCUCCAAUCUAUCAGCUCGUGAUCUCGAGGUCACUGCUCUUGUCUGGCAGUGCUUCAAGUCUGACCCGUCGGUCGACUAUGAAAAGCUGGCGCAGCUCGCGAACUUCAAGAACGCUGCCUCGGCCAGCGCUUGCUGGGGAACCAUCAAGAAGAAGCUCCUUGCCAACUCCAACAAAAGUGUCACCGCCUCACCCGCCAAGAAACGGACCGCGAAGCAGGCCAACUCCGAUGGCGACGCCGGCAGCCCCGCCAAGAAGCCGCGCGGCAGAAAGACUGCCGCUGCCCUCCCGCCUACCCCAUCUAGCCAGCCCACCGAUGACGACGAAGACGAUGACGAGGAGCCUACUCCUCUUGCUGGUGUCGCUGCUGGCGGCAACUCGCGCAUCAAGGAAGAACAGCAUGAUGAAGAUGGCGGAGUCGCUGUCGGGGUCGAAGUGGAGCUGGAGCCCACUCACACUUUCUUCGACACGUUCAAUCCUUACGAGGAUGACAGCGCUUAG